GGAUCAGGACGAGGUAAAAAUUGGCAUGGCCGACGGUUAUUAGAAGAUGAAAAUACACAAAUGCGAUAAAAACGGUGCGGCGUUGAAAUUGUGAAAAAUCGAAAAUUGGCACGGUCGAAUGCGGGAUAGAGGGUGGCCGUGUGCGACAGUGUAGGUUUGUGUGGUACUCGGUGGAUUUCGAUGUUGGCAGGUACCCCAAACACCUCAAACUAAACAAUGAAAAGGAGAAGAAGCUGCUACGAUCCCGGCAGAUUCGUCAAUUAUUCAAAUAGAAACUCAGUGUGAUAAUGACCUGUUUAUAUCCACUAUAUUAUUAUUACUAUUAGAAUCGUAAAUAUAAGUUAAAAAUGUCGUUCCUCAGCAACAUUAAAAAAGUGCUCCACUUUGGGGGGAAUGAUGCGAAAAAGAAAAAAGUUUACAACAAUGUCCGCAUGGACACAGAUCCAGAGGAGUUCUGGGACAUGAUUGGUGAGUUGGGCGACGGGGCUUAUGGUAAAGUGUACAAGGCACAGCACAAACACACUGGACAGUUGGCCGCCGCCAAAAUGUGUCGCCUGGACGAAGAGGAGGACCUCUCUGACUUCAUGGUCGAAAUUGACAUUCUAACUGAAUUCAAACAUCCAAAUGUGGUGGAGUUGCAUGAAGCCUUCCAAAAGGAGCACCAGUUGUGGUUAUUAAUCGAGUAUUGUGAUGGUGGAGCAUUGGACAGUGUUAUGACUGAACUAGAAAAACCUCUUACUGAACUGCAGAUCGCUUAUGUGUGCCAAAAUAUGUGUAAAGGUUUACAGUUUCUUCACAAAUCGCAUGUCAUUCAUAGGGAUUUGAAGGCUGGAAACAUUCUGCUCACUAUGGCUGGUGGAGUUAAAAUUGCUGACUUUGGCGUGUCGGCGAAGAAUAAGAGCACGCUGCAGAAGCACGACACGUUCAUCGGCACGCCCUAUUGGAUGGCUCCCGAAGUGGUGCUGUGCGAAACGUUCCGCGACAACCCUUACGACUACAAGGUGGACAUCUGGUCGAUGGGCAUCACCCUUAUCGAACUGGCCCAGACUGAGCCGCCUAAUCACGAGAUGUCGCCGCUCCGGGUACUCCUCAAGAUCCAGAAGUCUGAGCCGCCAAAACUGGAGCAGCCGUCCAAAUGGUCCAAGGAAUUCAAUGAUUUCAUAGCGAAAGCUUUAAUUAAAGACCCACAUAAGCGGCCGACCUGUGAUGAACUGCUGAAACAUCCCUUCAUCAACUGUACGCUGGAUUCGAAACCUAUUCGGGAUUUACUUCUGGAAUAUAAGGCUGAGGUUGUCGAAGAGGAAUUGACUGACGAUGAUCCGGAGGACAACCGCACCUCUCAAGUUCCUCUGGACAUAGAAGAUGACUCUACUUCAGUUCGAAGCAACGAAGUUGAUAGUAAAGCGAGUGAACCCGACAGUUCCAGUUCCGAGAAAGAUGACACAAUCAAACCCAAGAGCACAAAUGAAGAACCUGCCCGAGAUAAUGAUGACAAAAAGGUUGAGAGAAAGGAAGAAUUGCAACGCAAAACAUCUCGGGAUAAGGGUCCGGCGCCCCCACCUCCUCUUCAAACACAGCACUCCUCCUCAUCGGUGGGAUCGGGCGGCUCAGAACGCGAAAAGGGGCCGGCUCCUCCGCCACCUGUUGCCAUACCACCACCAGCAGCCCAUCCACAGCCCCCAGUUCCUGUGCUACCUACACCGCCCUCGUCACCUAUCAGUCCUCCACCCACGCCGCCACAACCGGAACAUCCACAGCAUCAACCGACACAGAGGGACGACGAAUCCGCUCAGAACAACGAAUCGGUGGAAGAACAGCGCCGUUCGAGCGCCAAAAUAGCCGAGAUAAAACAAGAAUUGGAGUCCCAACUGGCAAAACGACAGCCCGAUGAAAGGGGCGACGCAGUGACGGUAAGUUCGCAUUCGACGACACCCGACGACAGUCUGAACUUGGUGGUGGUUUCGACGCCACCUGCCGACAGGCACACUAAACUCAACACAUCGACCAUCACGAUUAAUUCAGAUUUGCGAGAUCCGUCCAAUAGUCUGGCGUCGAACAUCAGUCAGGUGACUGUGGUGACGACACAUCCUCCUGUACUUAUCGAUAACUCCCAAUGUUCGUCGCGUACUUCGUCGACGUCGCCCAGCAACAACAGCUCUAAUGAAGUUGUAAUAGUGGCUAACGCCACCAACAAGACACAUGUCGAGUCGUCCGACGAUGAGUAUUGUCCAUCCCUCGAUUCGCUUGAAUAUCCGCCGCCUAGCGAAUUCCGAGAUAAACCUCCGCAAAUCAAGAAGCUGGAUGAAAGCGAGGUCUCCAUUGUCGGUUCCAGCUACGUGAUCAACGAUUCUGGUCUCGACGUCUCAGACGACAGUUCCCGGCUAUUGGACACCACCCAUGUGUCGGUGGUGAAAAUCGACGAAGAAAAGGUGCAGGUUAAAGACUCCACGUCCUACAACUUCCGCAGUUCGACCAGCGAUUUGUCCAACACGUCGUCUGGAAAGAGCAGUAGCACAAAGAGCGAUUACGGUGAUGACGUUCGUAGUACGUCAAUAAUUUUGGAUGGUGGACAGGACACACUCGAAUCGCACUCGUCGAAACACCACAAGCACAAUGGCCAGAUCGUUCAUUCGGGCAGCGGGGACGAAAUUUGCCGCAAGAGUCUCAACGGCAAAGCGUACCCGGACAGUUUCGAAUCGGCGAUGUCCGAUCGGUCGCACAGCGAUUGCGGAUCGGUGCGAAGCACUGACUCCUCCCAUCAGCGCAUGCCCGCAUCCGUCGUCAGCAAGAGAGGUUCGGACGUCGAGAGCAUAUCGAUAGCUAGUCACGAGAGCCACGGCAGCAACAAUGGCAAAAUUGCGGGAGGAACCGACGGCAAAAGCGAGCGGCUCUCGGAGAUGGACGAGACCGAAGAUAGCGUGGUCGUACUCAGGAAGCCGCCCAAGUCGAAAAUGGACUCGAGCGCUGCCCUUAGCCGCAAGACGAGGAAGCGUACGAGAAGGUUUGAGAAGGACGGUAUCAUGAUCACGACCACCACUUACAAAGUUAUCGGUGGUGACGAAGACAACUACAACGGUACCGAUCGCAAGCAGGAGCUGCGCGAGCUCAAAUACCUUCAGAAACAGGAGCAGAAACAAUUCCAGGACCUGACAACCAAAGGAACCAUCGCCCUCGAACAACAGGAGAAGAAAUUCGAACAGGAGAAAUUACAACUCGAUCGCCAGUACGAAGGUGACUUGGAUAACUUGAGCAGACAACAACGUGUGAUGAUUGAACGUGCUGAGGCCCAGCAAGACGCCGACCUGCGCGCUGCCUCCAAGAAGAUCCGUGCCGACCAGGAGCGCGACCUGAAACAGUUUAGGGAAACACUCAAGCAAGAGUUGCGAUUGAUGAAAGCCGAGGUGGAUCAACUACCGAAGGACAGGCGAAAGCACGAGUACAAAACCAGAAAGGACAACAUGGACGCUGAUCACGCCGAGAGAGAGAAAGCUUACGUCGACAACUUAAAUGAAAAUCAUGAAGCAACUCUGCGACGACUCAGCGACACUCACCGCGAAAAAAUGGCCUUAAUGGAGCGUCAGUUCCUGCAACAGAAGCAACAGCUAACGAGGUCCCGCGAGGCCGCCCUCUGGGAGAUUGAAGAGAAACAGAUUCACGAAAAACACCAGCUGAUGAAACGUCAAAUUAAGGAAAUCUUCAUAUUACAACGGCACCAGAUGCUGACCAGGCAUGAGAAGGAAAAGGAACAGAUCAAAAAGCGUGCCGUCCGCAAGGAGGAGGAAUUGCUCAAGAAGCAGGCGACGGAACGCCGUAACUUGCCUAAGAGAAUCAGACAGGAAAUGAAAGCACGUGAGCUUAUGUUUAGGGAAUCCAUCAGGAUAUCGGUGACUGGGAACGAUCCCGACAUGGAGAAGAACAAAGUCAAAGAGUUCCAAGAGAAUGAGAAGAAACGCUAUCAAGCUGAACAGAAGAGAUUCGAGUUGAAACAUAGGCGACAGCUCGAAGAGUUGAGGGCCCUCAGUGACGCCACAAUCAAAGAAUUGGAACAGCUACAGAAUGAGAAGAGGAAGAUGCUGGUUGAACAUGAGACAGCCAAGCUAAAGGAACGUGAGGAAAGUUUCUCUAAAGAUCUGAAAGAGUGGAAGGCACAGCUUAGUCCAAGAAAGAAGAAACUCGAGGAAACCUUUGCUCAGCAAUUAGAAGAACAAGAGAGGGUGUACGGCCCCGUGUCACCGUUGUCCCUGCCUACAGACCUUCCUGAUUUGAACGCAGAAAAUUGCCGAAUUGGCUUGGGAUCUACCAGAAGUAGCCUAUCGUCGGUGUCCGAAGGGUAGAAUGAAGAAUGCCUUUGAAGUGAGACAGACUAUAGCUCAGUGAAAUUAAAACAAGGACUAGUUAAAAAAGUGUACAUAAUAUUUACACAGACUGAGUAUCAUAAAUAUAUAAUUUAUAAGGAAAACAAUUAGAAGAAAGUUAAGAAUAAAUGCAAUUUAGGUGACCUGAUCUACUUAAAAAGAGGAAUGUUUUAUAUCUAAAAGUGAAUAUGUUAAGAAUAAAGUAAAUAUGUAAAUAAAACGCUUUUGAAGGUUUUUUAAGUUUAGUAAAUAGUAAUGUAUAUUUUUGCAAGAUUUUUAGAUUUAAAGUUUUUGGUGUUUUAAUACAUAUUUACUUUUGAUAUAUCUUAUUUAUUUUUAUCUGAUAAAAUUCAGUAAAGUUCAAUUGGAGAAAUCGUUGAAAUGAAUCUCAUUAUACAACAUCUUAUUGAUAAACAUAUUCUCCUAUUGCAUUUCAUCUGAGAGGCCAAUAACGCAUAUUCUGUUAUAUUAUCUAAAAAUUUAUUAAUCUAUUAAAUGCAUUUACAGACUGACUUACAGAAUAUUGUUACAUUUUAAGUAUUCAUUCUGAGUUAGACUUGUUAUAUAUAAAUAUACUCAAUAUGUUGCUUUAAUUCUUAAUGUUAACAGAUUACUCUUCUCUCUUGUAAAUGUAAAAAUUUUCCAAGAGGUCUAUUUUCGUUGUUUUGUUACCUAUUUUUUAAAAUUUUCCCUAAUAUAACAUUCAAGCGAAAUUAAAUUACUAUUAAUAUAUUAAAUCAUCAUGUAUAAUA